AUGGUUAUAAGAAGGAAGAGGCAGCAACAGGUCUUCUCGACUGUCAAGGCAGGCAACAGAGCAGACCCAAACAAGGACCCAGAAGAAGAAGACAAUGAAGAUGAAGGUGAAGAUGAUGAUGAAGAAGAGAAGGAUGAUGAAUCAGAGGACUCAGACUCAUCUGAGGCAAGCGCGCAGACUGUUCCAACCAGCAGUGACAGUGAGCAGGAGUCUUUGGAUGGAAGUGAAGACUGUGAGAAAAGUGAUGUGGAGGAGGCAGAAGAAGAUGACGAUGAAGAAGAUAAGGGCAAGGAAACAGGUCUCACUGCAGAAGACUUGGCGGAGUUUGACACACUUAGGGGGGCAUCCCAAGAGAAAGAACAGGAACCUAAGAAGAAAGAUGAGAAGUCAGGAGAGGAAGAGGAAAAGAAAAAGCAGGAGAAGCCAGGAGAGGAAGGGACGAAGGAAGCGAACAAGGACAAGGAAGAGAAGGAAAACAAAGACUUGGGAGAAGUGGUAGAGCAACAGAGGGCUUCAUCUGGCUCGCAGUUCGACAAUGCAAAUAGUGUGACUCAUAAGGCUGAGUGGGACAAGUUCAACAGACAAGCCCUAGACCGGAAAAAGUUCCCUCAAAGUCUUGCCUCGCACUUUGUGCGAGACAAAAAUGACUUGUUUCGGCAGUGGCUCGAGUGCUCCCAAGACUGGUCUAAGGUGGAGAUCACGAUCCAAAGAAAAGCUGAGAAAUUGACGCUGAAUCGAAAGGAGAGAGAAGGGCUGAAGUCACGUGACAUCUACCAGAAAUACCCAAAGGCCAAAGCGGAGCAAUUGAUGCGCUCGCUGAAGGAACGAAACCUCUGGUACUGGGACCCUGACUUCGAUCAGGACGAAGAGGAAAUCUAUUACUAUGUUGGCAAGGGUGACCUGGUUCGCAACGAUGACAUGACCAAAGAAUCCACUGCGGUUACUGUCCGAGACGCCAACAACAAAGAGCUCGUCGAAGCCCUCACGACGGGCGAUGGGCCAUUGUUGGCAGGGUUGCAGCCAGCUGCCCGAGUGGCCAACGAAGCGGGUCAGCAGGCAUUGACGCAAGCUUUGACCGAUGAGAAGGUUGACAAGAAGAAAGCGAAGAAGGAAAAGAAAGACAAGACCGAAAAAAUGGAGCCGAAGACUUCUGAAGAGCUGGCUGUCUCGCAAAUGGAGGAGUGCCUCAAGAAAGGGGCAGAGGCGAGAAAAUAUGCCAUCUCCCUUGGUACGUUGGAAUACAGUGGAGACCUGGUGAAGGAGCUUCUCAAGUUCAACACAAAAAUGGAGGAAGUAUACAAGAAGAUGCAGCAGUUGCGACAGGAGAAGACUGCGAAUCCAAAAUGUUACCAGAAGUUUUUCGCAAUCAUAGAAGAAAAGGCAGCAUGGUUUGACAAGGCAGAGUCGGCGGCCAAAGCAUUGCUGAGUGGCCUGAAGACAAAGAAAGGGAAGGCCAACAGAAGCAAAGGAAAGAAGGCGGGUCAGGAGGGAAAGCAGGCGCCCCAACCCAAUCAUACCCAUCGUUUCUGCCAAGGUAUGCUUGGCUGUGGACGGGCCAAUGUUUCUGAAAUCUGUGAUUUGGCCAGGGCAAACAUCAAGGAUGGUCUUCCUAGUGCAGCGCUAGAGGCUUUUAGCAGUCUAGGGACUGGGGGUCGUCACGCGGCCAACCAAGAACGCGAUCUCCACAAAUGGUUGCAUUCACUCUGGGGUGUCAAGCUUACCGUUUACAAGGUGACCAUGAACUUGAUAGUUGACUUCGAGAAGGUGGCGCAGCCAGUCGAUGUGCCUUUCUUACUGCCACAUGAGAUUCUUCACGCGGUUUAUGAAGCUGGACCAUUGCAGUUUGCUCGUUCUAUGACCGGCCACCGAAGUUCAGAAAGCAUCUCCCAUUUUUGGAAGCACUGUUGCUCAUUGGACGAAUGGCGCAACCACCCAUGCCUGACGAACCCUGACCUUUACCAUUGCACCAUACCACUUUGUCUACACACUGAUGGUGCAGAGUUUUAUAGCAACUCUGAAUACAUAUGUUGGAGUAUGUCAUCAGUCCUGGCGGAAGGCCAUGUUUUUGACACUCGAUACCCACUGGUCGUAUUGCCCCAUCAAUGCAUCCAAACUGACGAAGUGAAAUCCCAUGUGCAUGACACUGUCGCCAAAGUGAUUGGAUGGUCACUACAAGCUGCGUGGUCUGGGGUUUUUCCAGAACAAGGUUUCAUGGGUGAGCCACUCAAAGGUCACCGUUUGGAACUGAAGGGCAAACCUCUAGCCGGUGGCAAAUGGAAAUGUGUCUACUUUGGAUUCCGGGCCGAUGAGAAAGCACGAAAGGAAACCAAUUUUUUUACCAGGACAUAUCAGCAUUCGAAGCUUUGCAUGAAUUGCCUAGCGGAACAGCACAACAAGCAUUUGCUUCCCCACAUGCUCUACAAGAACUUUCACAGUAGUGCUGCACAUAGGCUAGCGCCAAUUGGUACGAUUCUUAAUUGCUGA